AUGGCAUUACAUAAGAUCCAUUGUCUGCGGAGAUACAAACGACCGAGAAUUGGCGGAGGCGCAAGGAUGCAGCAACAGCAAGCUCCAGCGCAUGUCAAAAUGACUUUGUUGCCGUCAUGGAUCAUGGAUGAAGCGUCAUUGAUGGGAAAUCACCUCCGACGCUUGAUAGCAAUAUUGAGUGCAGGUGUAACCUCUUGGACAUCAUUCGAAGCACUGAAAGAACCUCUGCAUGGACUAAGAGAAAAUUUCUGGGAACUUUGUCGCAUCACAAGCCGUGCUUUUCUAGGAAGAAUGCUAAUGUCCCCGGCUGGGCAUUAUCUACCGUAUUUUGACCCGGGCGACAGGAGAGGAUUUGACAUUGCUAUAUUCGCGAAAUGCAUCCAUCACACUGGAACCUGUAACCAAUUACAUCGUUUCUUUGAACUAGUUACGAUGUAUCUUCUGGCAUCGUGGUUCAGAAGAUUCCGCGAGCACCAACCAACAGAUAGCGAUGUUCAUUGUGGAAAUGAAUCUCGGGACGGGGUUCUAUGGCUUUCAGGGCCAUUCCGAGAAGAUUGGCGACAUCUCACGAAUCUUGUCCAACCUUACAGCAGCAUCCAUAAUACGACUCAGGUUGUAACCCGAUUACGGCAUAGUUGUCAUUUUCGGUGA